UCUACAGACCGAGACUGUAUCGCGUUCCCUGUGUUUUUUAACUUUCGGAAUUUCUUCCGAAACAAAAUUUUCUAAAUAUAUCACAGUAAUCAUUAAGAAUUAAAAUAAUUAACACGGAUAUUUUGUUACAUAAUAUUUUUUGAGAGCGUGAAGAAUUGUAAAUAAAUAUAAACAUAAAAAAGAUUGAAUGUAAUAAUAAAUGUAUGCAAUAAAUAUAAGAAUUUAAUAAAAAAAUGUUUAACUUAGAAAUUAAAUGGACAUCUUAAGAUAAGAAAACUAGUAAUAACAGAAAUAAUAAAAGUGUGUGCAUUGGAAGUGUUAUUGGCUACUACAAAGUAGUAGAAAAAGACGCUAAGUUUAUUUUAUGAUGUCAGCUAAACCGUUCAAAAUGCUUGUAAUUAAUAUUACAUUAAUAUUGGCAGUUGGAAACUUAGGGGUUCAUGCUAGUUGGGACGAGUGGUGGACGUAUGAUGGAAUAUCGGGUCCAAAAUAUUGGGGAGUCUUGAAUCCUCUGUGGAAAUUAUGCUCAAUUGGGAAACGACAGUCUCCAAUCGACAUCGACCCAGACAAGUUGCUUUAUGAUCCAUUCUUAAGAAAUUUACAUAUUGACGUUGACAAAGUGAGUGGAAUCAUAGAGAAUACUGGCCAAUCUUUAGUAUUUAGAGUCGAUAAAGAUUCUAAGUAUGUCUUAAAUAUAACUGAUGGACCUCUGACGUAUCGUUACCAAUUUCAAGAGUUUUAUAUACACUACGGUACUGAUAAUAACCUUGGUUCUGAACAUAAAAUACAGGGAUAUUCUUUUCCUGCUGAAAUUCAGCUUUAUGGUUACAAUACAGAUCUUUACUCAAAUAUGUCAGAAGCACAAAUGAAAUCGCAAGGAAUCGUUGGGGUGUCACUUAUGGUUCAGAUUGGUGAAACGCCUAACCCAGAAUUCCGAAUAGUCACUAAUGAGUUCGGAAAACUCUUAUAUAAAGGCUCUUAUCGUCCGAUAAAGAAUUUGUCCAUUAGACAAAUGCUCCCAGACAUUAAAUACUAUAUGACAUAUGAAGGGUCAACCACUCAUCCCGGUUGUUGGGAGACAACUGUAUGGAUAGUAUUGAACAAGCCCAUAUACAUAACUCGAAGUGAGAUGCAUCAACUGAGAAGAUUAUCUCAGGGUUCAUUUGAACACCCAAAAGCUCCACUGGGCAACAAUUCAAGACCCACUCAAGAUCUUCGUGAAAGGACCGUCAGAACAAAUAUUAAUUUUGCACAAAGAUCUGAAGCCGAUCCACAGGGUAAGACUUGUAAGGUGAAUAUGCAUAAGAAUAUGUAUUAUAAAGCAAACGAUUGGACUUCCGACUCACUGUUUCACAGUUAAAGAAAUGAAAACAAAGAGCAAUAAGGAAAAAUAAAAUAGAAAAUCUCACCUGAAAUCAACAUUUAUGCUUGAACAAUAAAUAUCAAUAUGGAUUAUGAAUAUGUUUAUGUAAUUGUUCGUUAGAAAUGAUGAGAAAAAAUAUUUUUUUUUUCAAAUAAAUGAAAUAUUAAAUUAAUAAAACAAAAAAAAAAAUUAAACUUGUAAUAAUUAUGGCCGCAAAAGCUUCUCAGUACUCGGCCUGUUGUUCGCGCUUUUCGCACAAUGAUCAUCAAGCCACUGUACUGCUGUAGUACAAUGGCCCAGUCCAUGACUUAUGUUUAUAUUAAUAUAAAAUAAUAAAAAAUUGCUUAUAUCAUGUAAUUGCACAGUAACUAAAUGUUAAAAAUGUAUUUUAUAUCAACUUUACUGAACAAAAAAUAUGAUUGAGUUAUUAAAUAACAUUGACAGUAAUUUUGUUGAAAUUUUUUAGUGUACAAUAAUAUUAAUUUAAUUUUAAAAGUGUACACAUUUUUUUUUGCACGAAUUAAGUUUCAUUUUACAAAACUCUAUCAUUAAGAUUAAGGUAGGCGUGAGUAAUAAGGUCUAACUUCUAUUAGGAAUUGUAUAAGAUCUGGCUAAGCCUUAUACAAAGCCUUAUUACCCGCACCUACCAUAUAAAACUUAUAACUUAUAAUAACUUUAUUAUAAUUUUUUAUUUUAUUUGUAUGCAACUUCAAUUGACUACAAUAUGUUUAUUGAUGUUAUAUAAUAAGGCAUUUCCUUAUUGUAUGACAUAUGAAACCGUAAAACUACAUAUUUAUUAAAAAUAAAUUUAUUCAUUAAAAGA